AUGCAUCUGUCACCCUUCUUUCAGCUCAUUGUUGCCGCCUUGAUCACUCCUGGCAUGGCACUUCCAACUGAGGUUAAAGAAACUGGCCAAGCAGCAAUCAGCCAUGCGCCCCCGACUCCGAUGGCAGACUCCAUUUCGGCAAAGGAGUUUGACGGGACUAUGACGACCGUAUCAACAUCAACAAGGUGUAUCCACGUAACGACUACCUACCAUGAGGAAAUUUGGACCGGCAAUCUGGCAACCUUCUCAUUUCAAAGGGAUCCGCGUCAAAACCUGGAUACAUCAACAGACCUAUAUCAUUAUGAGUGCGGUAUAGACAUACUGUCCUUACCCAAGCAGUCAUCAGACAAGGCCAAGGAUUCAGAUGACACUCUCGGCACCAACUCGACCAUAUUAUCAAGUCGCCAGAACAUUUGCCAUAAAUAG